GUGGACGACUGGCUCUGUAUGGUCUGCAGCAGGUUAGAAACGGCAAAGGAUUUGUGUACAGGAAUCUCAAACACAACAACCUGUCAGUUCUGCUGCCCAGAUAUAUAAAGAGAGACCUGAUUUUACAUUGUAACACCAGUAUUUCUGCUGUUGAUUGUCGAAGGUGAAUAUGGCUUUCUCCCAGAUCAAAAUGUGCUUUGUCUUUAAAGUGAAGUUUUCUGUUCAAAUUCAGUGAAAGCCACUGGAACCGGGGCGCUGAGAUCACCCAGCAUUUGUUCCCCAGAGAUCAGUUCUUCAUCUGCAUUGAUUGUGCGAGGAAUUCACUACGUCUGUCAUCAGCCUUGAUGAAUUGAUAUCAGGGAGAUAUCAUUCAUCUGCUGUCAGUGAGGGAAGGGAUUCACUCACUCAACCCACCCACUGACACACCAUUGGGUUUACACAGUGGAGAGGUCAUUCACCUGCUCUGAGUGGGGGAGGGAUAUAUUCAGUUAUCCAGCCUGAAGAUCCAUCAGCAAGUUCACACCGUAGUGAGAGUGUUCACCAUUUCCAUCAGUGAGAAUAGAUUCACUCGCUCAACCCUCUGCAGACACACCAAUGUGUUCACAACAGAGAGAGGUCAUUCAACUGUUCCAUGUGAGGAAAAGGAUUUCCUAAUUCAUACCAUGUGAUGAGUCACCAGAGAGUUCACCUUGAGGAGAGGCCGUUCUCCUGCUCAGACUGUGGAAAGGCAUAUAUUCGGUCAUUCGAUCUCCGGAGACACCAGCGAGUUCACACCGGGGAGAGGCCGUAUAUCUGCACAGAGUGUGGGAAGGGAUUCACCCGAUCAUCCUACCUACAGGCACACCGGUCAGUUCACACUGGGGAGAGGCCAUUCACCUGCUCAGACUGUGGGAAGGGAUUCACUCGGUCGUCCGCCCUACAGACACAUCAGUUAGUUCACAGUGGGGAGAGACCAUUCAUCUGCUCAGACUGUGGGAAGGGAUUCACUCGAUCAUCCUACCUACAGACACACCAAUUAGUUCACAGUGGGGAGAGACCAUUCAUUUGCUCAGACUGUGGGAAGGGGUUCACUCACCCAUCUCGCCUACAGACACACCAGAGAGUUCAUACUGGGGAGAGACCGUUUAUCUGUUCCGUCUGUGGGAAGAGCUUCACUCGGUCAUCGGAUCUGCUGACACAUGAGCGAUUUCACACUGGUGAGAGGCCGUACGUCUGCUCUGAUUGUGGGAAGGGAUUCACCCGGUCAUCUGAUCUGCUGACGCACCAGCGAGUUCACACUGGGGAGAGGCCAUUCACCUGCUCAGAUUGUGGGAAGGGAUUUACUCAGUCAUCUCAACUGAAGAUACAUCAGCGGGUUCACUCUGGGGAGAGGCCAUUCACCUGCUCAGACUGUGGGAAGGCAUUUACCCACCCAUCCCACUUGCAGAAACACCAGCGAGUUCACACAGGGGAGAGACCUUUUAUCUGCUCUGUGUGUGGGAAGAGCUUCACUUGGUCAUCUGAUCUGUUGACACACCAGCGAGUUCACACUGGGGAAAGGCCAUACACUUGUUCUGAAUGUGGGAAGCAUUUCAGUCGAUUGUCCCAUUUGCAGACACACCAGACAGUUCACACUGGGUGGAGACCAUUUACCUGCUCUGAAUGUGGGAAGGGAUUCACUCGGUCAUCCCACCUACAGAGACACCAGUCAGUUCACACUGGGGAGAGGCCAUUCACUUGCUCAGUCUGUGGGAAGGGAUUCACUCAGUCAUCUGACCUACUAACACACCAGUCAGUACACACCAGGGAGAUGCCAUUCACCUGUUCAAACUGUGGGAAGGGAUUUUCUCUGUCAUCUCAACUGAAGGUACAUCAGCAAGUUCACACUGAGGAGAGGCCAUUUACCUACUCUGAAUGUGGGAAGGGGCUCACUCAAUUAUCCCACCUUGUGAAGCACCUCCGAGUUCACACUGUGGAAAAAGUUUAAAGCAGUUGCAAGUUGGAUGUUUAAGCACCCCUGCUGAAUUCAGAGACAAGUUCAAAAGUGACCGCUGACGUCAGACUGUGUAAUGAUCGCUGCUGUUCAUCACACCCUGGUGACUGGGCCGUGGAGGAGUUUCUUCUGAUGUUCACCUCUAUUGCGAUUGGACUUUAAUAUCCUGGUUCUGUUACAAAUAAAUCAGGUCUAUUUUAAA